AUGGGAAGGACUAGUCGUAAAGUCGAAGAACCUGCACCAACAUACGCGGAGAGGCUUGAACGUAUAGAACAAAACAGGGCCUUAUUGGCAAAACUCGGUCUUAUUGAUUUUAGUCUUUCACCCCCUAAACCUAAAAGACCACCAAGGCGUCAAAUUGAUUCGGAAGAAUCUCAACAGGAUGAACAUGCCCGAACACCUUCGCGUAAGAGUCCGAGAAUACAACAGAUGAAACCUAGGUAUAAUCUACGCGUCAAAAGUUAUCAACCUGCUUAUGCCCAAGCUCAAUUACGACGUGUCAUUCGUCCUAAGGGCUCAAAGGCCAAAUAUAGAGCAUUAGGAAGAAAUAAUCAAGGACGUAGAUUUUAUGGAGGUAGAAUUUAUGAUUCAGAAUUAGGAUCAACUUGUCACCAAUGUAGACAAAAAACUAUCGAAGAAAAAGUACAAUGCACAAAUGUAUUAGAAGACGGAACGCUUUGUAAAGUGAUGAUGGAUGAACGAUGUUUGGUUGGAAGAUAUGGUGAAACACUGGAAGAAGCGCGAAAUUCUGGCGAAUGGAAUUGUCCGAAAUGUCGAGGUGUAUGUAACUGUUCAUUUUGUCGAAGAAAAAAAGGCCUUCCUGCAACAGGAAUUUUGAAACAUCUCGCCUUAGCAAGAGGCUAUAAUUCUGUUAUGGAAUAUUUGGGUGAUGCUUAUAAUAGAAGUAAAGACAUGAACGGAGAUUGGUUGUAUGCUGAUCUGCCCGACGAUUCAGAAGACUCAGACAAGGAGUUUGUUCUCGGUGAUAAAGACUUAGCUGUUGACAAUAGUGAUACUUCAGAAGAAUAUAUUUCCGAGAAUAGCGACGCUCACACACUAAAUGACAUUCCUCAAUCUUCGUCUGACCUUAAUAAUUCCUGUCUGCCUUCUAUACCGAAUUCCCAAUCUCAAGUUUUUGCACUUGAUAAUGAAUUGCAAAGAUUAGAUGUGCCAUUUCCAAUUUUUUCAGAACAAUUUACUCAGUUUCAUGAAGAACAAGAAAUGGAAUUGAAAUCUCUUGCCAUCACUGAUCGUCAGCUCACAGAAAAGCAAACGGUGGCAGGAUCACAAGUUCAAAGUUCUAAAGUUCUAUCAGAAGCUAAGAAAUCGGAGCAUAAAGAUGUUACUGAUCUUAAUAGAGAUUUAAGAGACCAAGUUGAGUCAAUUCACAAAGUUCUUUUACCGAUUUUCAAUAAAUUGCUAAACAAGGAUGAAGAUCAAUUGGAUGCAGUUAAUAUAGGCCCUUUUUUAUUGGAAUUUGCACGAAGAUCUAAGAGAUGA